AUGACUAAAUCAAUCGAGACUUCCUUCACAUUUACUGAUAUUCCUGAUCACCCACUUGAAGACUCGUCACGUAACAGUGUGGACUCGUUAAAGGCUCAGCCGAAAACUGACGGAAUGACUGGUGCUGCAACAUUGUCUGGACCGGAGGAAACUCAAGAGAACCAAGAAGUGAUCCGCAUUCACAUCUCGAACUUGGAACCCGGACCCCUUCUUCUUGAGUUCGAAGAUGAUAAAUAUGAUGACAAGACCGGUUAUUUUACUGUCCGACUAGAGCGCACUGGGCAGGGUGAAGGGACCGGGACACAGACUUUGUACGUGACUGAAGCCUGCCAACAUCCUUUUUUCACCAUUCUAGGAGGAGGUUGGGAUAGUGUGGCAAAGCCAGGUGAAGUAGUCCCAUCUGUUUGUCCCAUCAAAGGUUGCAGUAAAUAUCCCGGUUUGGUAGAGACCAUAAAUGGUGUCGACCAUCGAACAUGUCUUCAACACGCCAGUGGGCCAGACACGAUAUCAACACAGUGGCCUACGAAGGUCGAAAUGAAGCGGUACUUCAAAGGACAGGCGGAACUAAGCACUUUUUGUAAUGAUGGGUUUGAGAUUGAUAAGUCACAUGGCUUUGAAGACCCCCUCUUAGACCCAUCCAGAGAAUCAUGCCACUCUGGAGGUGUCCGGACCCAGCCAGAGUUAGAAAUUGGUUGUCUUGUUUUCCUAAUGUGUACAUAUGAUCCAGACUCCCGUACAUAUUCCACCAGCAAUGACCCUCCUUUGACCAUCAAAACCCCUAUCACGUCUUAA